UCUAUCGAUAAGUAUCGAUAAGUUUCCCAUCACUAGCAAAAACCAAUCGAAUAUCAGCACCUUCGUAGUCCCGAAUAAAUUGCUAUCAAUGAAAAUUUCAAUGUGUUAUAAACAAAAAUAAUAAAACUUGUUUUAACUCCUGCAAAGAAUAAUUAAUUGAUACUACAAUCACCAAUCAAGCGAAUAUUUAUUCUCUACAUAAGCAACUAUUAAAGGAAUGAUUAAAAACUAUAUAAGACUAUUAAAAGCAGUGGGACCUCGAUCCUUUAUAGGACCAUUUAAAAAGUAUGCCUCCAGUUCGGUGAAUACCAAUGCGGUGUCGCAGAACUACUGCAUGAGGCUCGUUAGACAACACGAUAAAGAAAACUUUCUGUGUACACUACUUAUGAAAAAUCCCGAACGUCGGCACGCUAUGGCAAUUCGAGCUUUUAACGUGGAAAUCGCUCGCAUAACUAGUACCGUCACUGAUGACAAAAUCGGUCAAAUGCGACUCAAAUUCUGGGAUGAUGCAAUUACUAGUCUUUAUAAAACAGAUUCCAAGUCUGUUCCGGAUCAGCCAGUAGUAAGGGAAAUUAAGAAAGCCAUCGAUGAUCAUAAGCUCACAAAGCGAUACUUUCAACGCAUUAUCAGUUCACGGUUGAAUGCUAACUUACGCUUCCUCACAGUCAAACAAUUAGAAGAUUACGUUGAAGACUCUGUUUCGACAGUAUUAUAUUUGUUAUUGGAAAUUCAUGGAAUCAAGAACGUCCAUGCCGAUCACUUAGCGUCUCAUCUGGGCAAGGCUCAGGGAAUAACAAAUUUACUACGAUCUAUUCCUCGUCAGGAGCGAAGGCAUGUUGUUCCAAUACCACAGGAUAUUCUCAUGCAACAUGGCGUAAGUCAAGAACGAAUAUUACGAAAUCGCAAGGAUGAUAAAGGAGUUGAGGAAGUUGUUUUUCAUAUGGCAGGGACAGCUCAUCAGCACCUAGAGAAAGCUCGGAAUUUGUUACCUUCGGUGCCAAAGCAGGCGAAAUCUGUAUUUCUACCCGGUGUGGUAAUUGGACGUUUUUUAGAACGUUUAAGACAAGUUAACUUUCAUCUUGCUGAUACAAGCUUGCAUCGAAGCGAUACCUUAUUGCCUAUAUCUUUAUACUGGAACAAUUUUCGAGGAAAAUUUUAGUUUCAGAUACAGUUGGAUAAUACUUUAAAAAAUAGUGAUAUUUUAGUAUCUUAAUGAAGAUAAAGGUAAAAAAAUAAACCAAAUUAGUAUACCUUA